UAUAUGGUGGUGUGAAGUUGCCUUCAUGUUAUAAUAAAGUUGCCCAACCUGUAUCAAGACUCAUGAUAAACGUUAUCUUAAAGCCCAUGUCUUGUGGUGUCUUUUCGCCCUUUUGUAGUUCUGUACUUCUGUUAGGACGACGCCAUUUGCGAUUUGCGUACUGUGAGUAGUGAAUUGCCGUUGGCCCACGUCAUGACGACAACGCUCACUAGCACAUUUUAAGCUUUGUGGUACAAAACUAAAUUUUAUCGUAUUUCCACUCGUAUUUGUUGGUUGCCGCGUCUCCCCUGGUGUUGUCGCCUUAUCGUUUGUGUUUCGCUGGUGCUGGAUUUCUAAAAGAACCGUUCGCCAUGAGUCAAAUAAAUUUACACAGCGAAAAUUUUGACCUCUGCAGAAUUUGUUUGCUGAAACCAGAAGUGGACCGAAAUGUCAAAUUCUCAAUGAUUUUUCCAGAUGACGAUGGAAAUGAUUUCAAUUUGCACCGGAAAAUUGAAGAAAUGUUUGGAGAAAAAAUUGAAAAAGAAGAUAUUAAACCAAAAAUAAUCUGCGAAAAUUGUCUAAAUGAUAUUUCGAAAUGGGCAGCAAUGAAAAAGACAUAUUCUGAAUCGUCGAUCAUUCUUAAUUAUUUAGCAAAAUCAAAGCUUACUCCCCCUACAACAUCUAAUGCACCUCCUAAUUCAUCACUGAAUUCAAACAAUAAAGAAAAACCUACCAGAGUACAACCUGAAUCAAAGGAAACAGAAUUAUUACCUUUUGAAAAAAGAAACAGAAGAAACUUGCAAAAUAUUCGACUUCCAUCAUCAUAUAAACUUUUUACUUGUUUAAAACCUUCUUGCGAUCUCAUCUUCGAAAGCAUUUAUGCUUUUAAAUGUCAUUUUCGAAAACAUUUUGAAUGUGAGGAUAAUUUAAUGUGUUGGGCAUGUUGUAUUCCGUUUUCUAAUAUAAGUCAACUGAGAAAACAUCAACAGAGAAGUUGUCGUACUCCUAAUAAAUUUGAUUGUUAUAAAUGUUCUGAAAAAUUUGAUGAUCUUGAAGGUUUGAGUAUACAUAAAUUGACAUUCCAUAAAUCUCAAUUAGUAUCUUAUUCAUUUAAAAAUAGUGAAAACACUAUUGAGUGUGCAUUUUGUCAAAAAGAUAUUGUUAUUCAAGCCUUUAAAAAACAUUUGCACAAGUAUCAUUAAAAGACUGUUAAAAAUAUUGAACCUAAAAUUACCUAUAAUAUAAGGGUUACAGGGUCUUAUACAUUAUUAAAAAGAGCCUCACUCCGACUUGACUCCACAGUCAACUCAGGUAACACUGAUUUAAUUGAAAUAAAAGAAAUCAUACUUCAACUUAAAGACACAUUUCAAAAUUUUAAAGAAGAUACCUGCAUUAAUUUCAAUAACUUAAACGCCAAAUUUAAUGUAAUCGAUAAGAUUAUUACAGAAAACAAUAUUUUGAAAACACAUGUAAUCCAACUAGAAAACAAAAUUGAAUUCAUGGAAUGCCGCCAAAUAUCUAAUGAUAUUAUCAUUGAUGGAAUACCUGAAAAUAAAACAGACGAUUGCACUCAAUUAGUCCAACAAAUAUGUAAAGAAUUGAAUUCAAAUAUUAACGUGACAAUGAUAAAUGAUUGUCACAGAAUUGGUUUAAAUAACUACACUUAAAGCUCGCCAAAUAAAAAGAAAUUUUUCUACUAAGGACAUUGGUAUACAGCCUGAUAUGCCUAUUUACAUUAGAGAAAAUUUAACAACAAAAGGUAGCAAGCUAUUCAAAGAAGCAAGAGACCUCAAAAAAUCACUCCACUUUCAAUUCGUUUGGACAAAAAAUGGUCUGGUUUUCCUACGGAAAAACAAAACGGAUAAAAUCAUACGUGUUGACAAUGAGGAAGUAAUUUCGAAUUUAAAAUCACAGUAUGAUCAUUUAAACUCAACAAACCUAAAUUUGUAAAUAUAAAAUGUAUAUACUCAUUACUCUUAUACCUGAUUUCGAUUAUACUAAUUAUCAUACACAUAUAUUAUCUCGUCUUUAUACAAAUUUAAUAUUACAUUUCAACUUUAUACAUAUUAUUACCUUAUACAAUCAUUAUUUCUAUGUUAAAACUCUCACACACAUUCAUUAUCUUUAUUACUUUAUAAUUGCCUUUAUAGCCAUAUCUAAGGGCAGCGUAUUCAUAGCGAAGCCAUACGAAUCUCAGAAAAUGACUCAAUGUUUAUUUCUACAAAACAUUAUACAGACUUCAGCUCUCUAUUAUUACAAAAGAACUAUGUACCCAGCUCAUUUAUUAACACUUUAUCCU